CGGUAAGUUGAUUUUUCAUGGCUUUGGCAUGUUUAUUUCUUAUGUCUACACGAACAUUUACACUUAAUUCCGCCCACUUAACCUUACUAUAAGGUCUGGUUUAAUGAUUGGAUAGUUAGGUUGAGGAGGUCAUUGAUUGUAAUAUCAAAGUUCAUUCUAUGGGAAUUUCACUAGUUGUGAAGAAGUUUACGUUUUCGUGAUUGUUAAGAAUGAUACUUUGAUUAAUCUUUUUGCAUUAAUGGCUGAUCAGAACUUACUUGUUUGAAUCAAAGUGUGUACUAGCUAAGAAUGUUGAUUGAGUACAGCCACAUAUUGAGAUUAGUAACUGUUUAUGUAUAUGAUGAUCUAAAUUGGUUUGUUAAUAUAUACUUUGUUAAAUGAUCUUACCUAUACUCAAUUAUCUUUGUUUAUCUAAAGUCGGAUAAGAGUUUGUCAAAGUGAGUCAAGACGGUCGUUUGAUUUGGCUAUUUGGAUGACUUGAGUUGUCUGGGCAUACCAUGCUUAUUAUUAAUCUUGAUCAUUUAUUGGAAUGUUAUUCUAUAUGUUCCUUGAAUAUUCAAUGAGACUUUUGCCUUGAUACUUUAUAUGAAUAUGUCUUUGCUAUGGAAUAAGAAGCAACGAGUUAGUUGAAUGAAUAAAUUAGAGAAAUCGAUGGAUUAGCUUAGACUAACUCAUUUAAAUGUUUAGUGAACUAAGCUAGGACAAAUUAAUAAAAUAUAUUUAUUACUUAAUAUUAAUUCAUUGGUAUAGAAUGUACUUGAGUAUAUUAGGAACUGAAACUUUUGUUUAGUUGGAUUAGUGAUGUGGAUGCCAUGACCUUCACACUCUCCCUGAACUUCCUACUGGGUUGACUAAUCUUCAAGUUACUUGUAAGUCACCGGUGCCAAUCCCGAAUCUCCCUGAUUUAAUUAAUCUGAAGCAGUUGACAUUUUCUGAGUGCUUUAACUUGGCAAAGAUGCCCCCGGGCAUUGCCAGGUUAUCGAAGUUGGAAUUCUUACAGUUUCACGGAACAGGGAUUAGCAGCUUACCUGAGGAAAUUGGUGCACUUUCUCGGCUAAAGGUGCUCAGCAUUGUAAAUUGCGGGAGACUUCGAUCCCUUCCCACCCUUCCCCCAGGCCUUCACGAUCUAUCUGUUGUCGGAUGCAAUCUAUUUCAUGCAUUACCGGAUCUUUCAAACUUGCAGAACCUAUCAGAGCUCCAACUAUGUGCAUGCUCUCUGAUGGAAAUUCGAUGUCUCGGGAGAUUAGCAUUCUUAACACGCCUGACAGUUAGAAGCCCGAGAAUAGCUAACCUUGAUGCGCUUGAGAGAGUAGAAGCUCUGACAUACUUGGAAGUCUCAUACUGCAAAAAUCUUGAAAGACUACCGGAUUUAUCGAAUCUGAAGUUGUUGAAUGCGAUAAAGGCUAAUGAGUGCAAAAGGCUGGUUGAAGCCGAAGGCCUUGACGAUUUGUGCACCCUGAGGAAUUUGGAGAUUUGCAAUUGCACAUCCUUGGAAACAUUGCCUGAUUUGUCGAGCUUAAAGCUGUUGGAAAGCUCGGAUGCUGGAGGCUGCGAGAAGCUACAGGGCCUAGAGGGACUCGAUGAGUUGGAAUCAUUGCAAACGUUAGAUCUCAGACAAUGCAAAGUAAUUAAAAGGUUGCCAAAUGUCUCGGGGCUGAUGUCCUUACGGUGGCUAAAUAUCUCAGGCUGUGAUAAUCUAACAGAAAUCCUGGAGCACGAAGAGAUAAAUUUAAGAUCAAUUUCUAGAUAUUAAGUGAAAUUGAGGGGUACGGACAACUUCUAUGAUGGACUUCAAUCUCUCAAUAUCAGACUAUGGUGAGUUUACAACUUCAGAGAGAAUUUCCUUCGAUAUUCA